AGCACAAUUUCUUUUUUGUAAAAUAACUAGUGUUUGAUUUUUCGUAAGUGCAAGUUCUCAUAUUAUCAGAUUAUUACCAUAUUGCGACCACUAUUAUUUCAUGAAUUUCAAAUUGACUUUGCUAAGUAUCGAAAUAGACACAAUGAAUGACCCCAAUGAUCAAGAUCUCAUGUGAUCUAAAAAAUAAAUAAAAAAAAUCUCAAUCAUCAAAUGAAUACUUACCAAAUAAGCAAAUCCAAUAUGAAUUUUAUCAUGUUAAUAAUAUAAUUACUAUUCCCACUUUUGAAACGCGUAGCCAAUGGAACUAAGCAUCCGCUUGCCCCCAUUAGUUUCCGUUUCCGUGAAUUCAAAUCUGCAAAAACAAAAGCAAAAGAACAAAAUAACAAUCGCCAUUUCCUUCCAAAAAAAAAAAAAAAAAACCGAAUUUAGCUCCAUUCUGACGUUUCAAAUUUUCAUCUAUACCCAAAAUGACCCGUUUUCAACUUCAAAUUUUUUUAAAUGUUCAAAUUUGUGUACGAUCAAGUUAAGAGAAAAGAACAGUCUUUCUUUAAUAUUUGAUCUCACUCUUUAAAACCAAAAUUCUUAUGAAUUUUUCUCAUAACAAUUUCACAAAAGCUACUUGGAGAUUUGAAUAGCCACCUUAACAGUAUUUAAUACUCCGGCCGAAGUCAUGGACCCUGCGCCGUUACUCGGAAGCUCCAUAGGCCACAACCUCAUCCGGAGUCGACGAGUCGUGCGCCGGACGCCGUUUUCACUGCGUCGAGCAGCUCGGAUUCUUCGGCGCGCGAGCGGGCGCCGAAUGAUGCUCCGAGAGUCGUCGGUUCAGGUUCGAGAGAACGCGGCGGAGGAGCUCGAACAGAGGCAAAGCGGGUGGGUUCACUCGAAAGCCAUAAUAUUGCUUGAUGUUUUGUGGAACUUCGCGUUUGUGGUUAGUGGUAUUGCUGUGCUGGGGCUGAGCCACGAAAAUCCUUCCGUGCCGUUGAGACUAUGGGUGGUCGGUUACAUAGUUCAGUGUCUUUUUCACAUUGCUUGCGUCUUUGCGGAGCACAUGUGGCAGCGGCGGCCCGUGGCGGAGGCGGAGGCGUUCGAGAGCAGUUGGGCUUGGGAAAGUGGUGGCAAUUGGAGUUCGAGUUCUGGGAGCGAUGUAGAAUAUGCAACUGAACAGAGUGAGGCCGAUGAUGAUUCCAGCAUUCCAAAGCAUCUGGAGUCUGCAAAUACAAUGUUUUCCUUUGCAUGGUGGGCUGUUGGAUUCUACUGGGUGACUGCUGGUGGUGAAAGUUUGACUCGUGAUUCACCUCAACUUUAUUGGCUUUGUAUUACAUUUCUAGCUUUUGAUAUGGUCUUUGUCAUUCUAUGUGUUGCCAUCGCGUGUCUCGUGGGUAUUGCCGUUUGCUGCUUUCUGCCCUGCAUAAUUGCAAUUUUAUAUGUUGUGUCGGAUCAGGAAGGAGCAACAGAGGAAGAAAUUGAUAAUUUGCCUAAAUUCAUAUUCCGCGUAAUGAGUGAUUCAGAGAAAGUUAAUGGCGAGAACAAAGAAUCUAUUCAAGGAGUAAUGGUCGAAUGCAACACGAAUUCACCCACUGAACGUCGACUUUCUCAGGAGGAUGCAGAAUGCUGUAUCUGCCUCUCGCCGUAUGACAAUGAAGCGGAAGUGAGGGAGCUUCCAUGCCGUCACCAUUUCCAUUGCAGUUGCAUAGACAAAUGGUUACACAUAAAUGCUAUAUGCCCUCUCUGCAAGUUCAACAUUUUGAACCCCAACAAUGAUGUAUAGCAAGUUAUGUACUUGGUUUCUGACUAAUAGAGCCUUUUUUUCCCUUUAUGUACUAUGAUAAGAAACAAUUUGUUUCCAAGUUUUUUUUCUUUUUCUUAUUUAGGUAAAUAUCAUUUCACUUAACAUA